GCAUCACUUAUGGCUGAGCUUGCAAUGUCAAACACUUCUACUCAUGUUGAAAGACAAUCCCUAACUAGAAUGGCAGUCAGUAGAGCGCAAACCUCCAUCCAGUCCCAACACUUGCCUUUAACUGACUCAAGCCUCAUCACUGCUGGUUGCUAUCCGUAUUUGUAUAUAGACUGAAAAAUAGCUACCCUACACAAAAACAUUAUUUAAUCUGCUAGAUUCUGAUUAUUUAUCGGAACGACAUCAAAUUUUACUCAGAGAUACCAACCACUUCAAUUUGGCUUAUUUCUUCAUCAAGAUCCCUGUAUUACUCCCUGUGAAAUUAACAUAAAUGUCAAUAAAUGGCCUCUUGCAAUGUUAGAGGGAGUGGGAAAAAUGUCCUGGAUGCGUCCAUUUAUCCAGAUCCACACCAAAAGUUUAUGGGGUCUAUUCUGAGCUGAGACCCACUCUGCAUCCAAGUUUUAUAGAAAUUAUUGGCAGAUUCCAUCAGGGUUCUUGGUUUUCUCUCGUACUUUUUGAAUUACAUUCAUUUACGUUAGCUUAGAUAGACUUCCUGUGCAGGGUGGUGGGUAGGGGAAGGGUGGGUGGAGAUGAGGGGAUGGGGGAGGUUCAUGGAAAUAGGAAAACAAUGGGUUUUUAUAGAAAGAGAUUUAGCUGGUGCAAUAUUCACAUUAUAACGUGACCAAAGCUCGAUAAACAGUGAAUAUAAAAAUAAAACAUCAUUCAGUCCUAGUUAGCUACACCAUUUUACUCACCCUAUUAUCUAUAAAAGUAUUAACUUAUGUCACCAACAACAGGUAGAUCAGUUAUCGAUGCAUUUCCUGACCUAAAUUGUAAUGUUUACACUACUUGAUUUCCGAAUAGUUAACUUAUUACCCCACGAACUAUUUCCAGCUUUUACCACGUAAAUAGUAGUUCAACCAAACAGAAAGCUCGGACCAGGAGAAAAGGGUUAGCUUGUGAACUAGCAUUCAGCUAAUUGCUCAAUGUUAAUAUUAACGCAGUUGUGACUCUGGAUGUUAUACAAGCUUAUAAAGUAUGUUUUUUUCCAUUAAUUGCCAACUUAACUAACAUAACACCGUUGACAUAGUUUGUGCUGGACAAAGUUACCAAACUCUAACGUUAGUGUUACACUGCGACAGCUACAGUUAGCUUAGCUUAGGGUUGAAAACUACCGUCCUAGCACUUGUUGCACGCUAGCAGCAAAGUUUUGGGCGUUGCUUUUCUCUGUGAUCCUGUUUCACAAAACUACCCGGAAGGCCGGCGUGCUUGUCAAGUUCGAGCAGCCUCCUGGGAAACACUCUGAUGAACGCUUCUCUCUUACUCUCUGAAGGAAGUCCGUCGCUGUCGAUUUCCUCAGCAGUGCUGUCACAUAAACAGAUGUAGGGGAUCAUGAGCAUCACAGUCAGCAGUGUUGCAGCCAUGUCCUUCACACAGAUUCUUGCAAACUUGAGUGUUGUGCCCCCUGCAACUGCUGGUACUUUGUUUUGUCACCUGAGAAUCCCCACGCCCACCUUCGUCCAAGCAGCAAUCCCGAGGGGGCAACAGCCAUCAGAUGGAUGUGUGCCGAGCAACAGGGAGAGAACAAAUGUCGGUGAGAGGCGCAGUUUGUGCAGGGGAUGCUGGUGUGACCGGGCCGAGCCUCUGAUCGCAGGUAUUGUGUGGCUGGAGGAGGGAGCAGAGAAGAGAGAGAAAGUUACCAGCAGUCUUCAGAAGCAGCAUCGUCGGUGCGCCUCUCUGACCCGCAGUCGUCUCCUCUCUGCCGGAUCAUGUGGAUUAUUCUGGCGUUUGUUCUGGCAGCGGCCGGUCCUGGGGGCAGCAGGGGCUGCCAGCUGCCCCACGACUGGAGACCGCAGACGGAAGCGUGCCGCGCCGAGCUGGCGCAGAUCAUAGUCUAUGCCAAGGUGCUGGCACUGCACAAGGAGUCUUACAGUGUGUACAACUACCUGCCCUGGCAGUACGACACCGACCUGUUCUUCUCCGCCGAGAUCGAGCUGCUGUGCGACCAGGCGUGGGGCAGCAUGCUGGAGGUCCCCGCCGGCUCCAGGUUCAAUGUCACCGGCCUGGGCUACUUCCCCUGCUUCUCCUACAGUGUCACCCAAAACAACAACUACUACUUCUUUCUAAGGAUGGAUGAGAACUACAACAUUGUCCCUCACGGAGUGAACUUCCAGGACCCCAUCUUCCCCGACACGGCAGAAAUGCACCGCACAUUUGCCAGCCUUUUCCAAUUUUCCAACUGCACUGCUGGUACUCAGGUCCACAGCUACACCCCGGAGUGGGAGGCCCAGGAGGACAGCAGGUUGCUGUGCUCAGCAGUCCAGAAGGCUCUGUUUGAGGAGGAGGAGCGGGUCAGGACUCUCUCCCAGCAGGUGCGUUCCUUGGAGAAAGCCAACGAUCACCUGAGGGAAAAGGUGAAGAACAUGAAACGUCAACUACGCCAGGCCCAACGAGAAACGACCAAGGAGCAGCAGACCCUCAAUCUCAAACUGCUCUAUGAGCCGAAGACGUCCCAAACAAACCCGGAUCAGGACACUAACCAGGACCGGAAGAACACGCCGCUUAAAAAGGUCCUCUCCAAGAGGCUAAAAAAGUAGUUCUUUUUUAGUUUUAUGCAAAACCAGAUCUUGCUCACUUUGAAGCACCAAAGACAGAGCAAAAUGAGAGGGAGUGUGAGAAGAGCUGUUCAUUCAGAACAAGAUGGACUUUCAUUGUAAAUUCAUUACAUUCUUCAUGUCUUCAACCUUUUUAAUACGCUUAGAGGAAUGUAACUUCACAACCAAAUUUGGUUUUAGUUAGUGGUAAAAUUGACCUGUGUCCUUGAGACCGCGACUACAAAGAGGCCGUUCAUGCCCAUUUACAUCCCUAGACUUCUUAGAGUGUGUAUGUGUGUGUGUGUGUGUGUGUGUGUGUGUGUGUGUGUGUGUGUGUGUGUGCGCGUGCGUGUGUUGGGAGUCGAGGGCUCUCACUUGACUUAUAUUGUAGCCCCAGAUGAACUAAAGUGAAGGAUUAACUGCCUCUAAGAUAAGGAAGAGAUCUUUAUCUAAAUCUCCUCAACUCUUAUUUCACCCCAUUAGUACAAUAUGAACAUUCUCUCCUGUCAUAACCCCAAAACUGUUACUUUAUCUUUUGUUAUAGUUUGAUUCAGUGGCAGCGCAAAGCCUUUUUCCAAACAUGGGGCUGAGCUCAUAACUGAUGGAUGCACUGUUGAUACAAUAUGUGGACAAUGUUAAAGCAUUUAAAAUGUAUUUUCUUGCCUUUUUUCUGUGCUGGACACAUUAUGCAUUGUAUGAAUAUUAGUUUUGUUGCUUACUUUUGAAAUAGUAUCUUCAAAAUGCUCCAAACCAACCCUUUGUCUUUUAAGAGUCCACAUUUGGACACGUUUGUCCUUUACCAUAAAAAAGCAUGAAAGUUACGGGCUGUGAGCUUCAAAAUACACAAUUCUCUCAGAGGGAGCAGCAAAAACUAAUGUUUCAUUACAUCCUUCUUUUUCUACCAUUGCCUGCUUUUCAUUCACAUGUUUGAUCUAUUUAUACCCAAGAAACUAUCCCAAAGUUGAGAAGAAUGACUAAGACUCUGUAAAUUCAGUGAAUUGUUUCCUGUGGGUACAUUUUAAUGCAAAUUGUACUGGGUGACAGUGUAAGUUUUGUAUUUGAAAACAGGGUGCUGAGCACUCAUUAAAGGAUAAGUUCACCCAAAAAUGAGAGUUCAUUCAUUAUCUACUCGCUCCGAUGUGGAUGGAAAGUCGGAUGAAGUUUUUAAUUCCACAAAACAUUCCUGGAGCUUCACAGCAAAACAGUGUUGCAGCAUUGUCCUAAACAACUGAAGUAGUUGGGCGCUUGUUUUGAAAGGUAUAGAGAAAAUAGUUUUAAAAAACACAGAAAAUGGCUCCAUUUAGCUUAGCAAAACACCGAAGUUUCCAUCGGCAUGCGGAUGAGUAGAUAAUAAUUAAAUUUUCACUCUUAGGUUAACUUACCCUUUAAGUUAUCCAACAGGAUUGGCUUUUUCUGUGUCAGAAAUCAAAGUUUGCUUUUAUUUUACAUUUUCUUUUUUUGUGUGCUUUCUCUAAACUAUAAACAUCUGAUUUGCUUUGCCAAUAGCAUUAUCAUUUGUGUUACAGUAAUUGUGUGGUUUUUUUUUAUUAAAUAAAUGAACUUUUACAACA